AGUUCGUCGAGCCCAAAUCGGAACACGGACCCAAAUUCUUUCUCGGCGAUUUCAGUUCGAAGCUCCACUACCGCACGGAUGGCGAACACGUUGCGGUGGGCGAGCACGUCCUGCUGUGCCCAGGCACGGGAUUCAAGGAUGCUACCAACAGACAUUUGCCCGUGGAGUGCCCGGCCAACACUAUUCUCGAUUCCUCAGUUGACGGCCUGGCAACCCGCCACAGCGUCGAUGCACGAGGGCAGGCGCCCCCUGUCAGCGUGCAGACGCACUCCAAAGAUAGACUUAUAUUAUUGUGGGCAGGGCUGGCUGCGUAACGUCGAAAGUGCAAGUGCCCGCCCAGAGGCACCUCCUCC